AUGCAAUUUUCCAAUAAGGAUGAACUCAAGGAAGCUAUUAGGGAGUAUGCAAUUGUGCAAGGGAGGAAUGUUAAAUUGGUGAAGAAUGAUAAUAAAAUGAUUCAAGCAAAGUGUGCAGGUCACACGAAAUGCCCUUUUAUUCUGUUUGCUUCCAAGAUAGAUAGAGAUGAGCAGACAUUUUCCAUAAAGACUCUGUCCUUAGAGCAUGAGUGUACUAGAGUUGACAAACUGAAAUAUACUAAUUCAAGGUGGCUGUCCAAAAGGAUUGCUGACAAGAUUAGGAAAAAUCCUGAGUGGGAUGUAGGGGCAUUCAAGGCUGAGAUUUAUAGAGCAAAGAACUUGUCCAAGGUGAUCAUUGAAGGCAACUAUGUGGAGCAAUAUGCGAGGCUAUUGGACUAUGCAGAAGAAUUGAAGAAGGCUAACAAGGGCAGCACUGUGAUUAUAAAGAAUAAGAUGAAGGACUUAAAAAUUAAGAAUGAGAAAGCUUGGGUGUUUAUGAGUGACAAGCAAAAAGGUCUAAUACAUGCAAUUGAGACAUUUCUUCCAACAGCUAAGCACAGAAUGUGUGUUAGGCAUCUCUACAGCAACUUUAGGACAGAGCAUGUUGGCCUUGCACUGAAAAACAUUCUCUGGGUUGCGGCAAGAGCGACUACCAUUCCCUGUCAUGAAGCAGAAAUGGACAAGAUGAAAGAGCAAGAUGAAGAGGCAUGGAAGUGGGUUAAGAAAAGACCAGCCAAAAAUUGGAGUAGAUCUCAUUUUGAGCCAUAUUCUAAGUGUGAUAUGUUGUUGAAAAACCUCUAUGAAUCCUUUUACUCUUGGAUUUUAGAUUCAAGAGACAAGCCUAUCUUAACAUGUCUAGAAAUGAUUAGAGUUUAUAUCAUGUUAAGGAUGUCUAAUAGAAGGAUUGCUGGUACGGUUUGGAGACAUCCAGUUGGGCCUAGGAUUGUCAAGAUCAUUGAGAAGAACAAGUUAGGAGCUAGUUAA